GUAAGCACAGAUGUCAACUGAAGCUCUGCCUUGCAUCCACGUUUCAGUUUUCAGUUUACAUGCAGACACAGGUGGAGCUCCAAGUUUUGCAAGUUGAAACUCUCAAAAACCUCCGGCUCUCUUUAGUGAUCGACCUCCAAUGCUCAGCGAUGGAGGAGGAGGAAGAAGAGAAUGAACCACAAGCAGACUGGGUUGUAAAAAUAAUCUCUUUCCAAGCAGAUAUAAUAUACAAUUGCAUUAUCACUCUCUUAUCACCUUUCAUGCUUGUCUUCUCCAUGGCCUUUGAGUCCUACCGCCGAACUGAGGCAGCUGCAGCAACUGUGGAGUCUGCAGUUCUCAAGGUUCCCUCUAAAAUAACACAUGGUAGCUUCAUCUUGGUGAGGAAGAUAGGGGUAGGAGCUCUGGGUGCUGUUCAUGUUCUCAUUAUUUUGGUAAGUGUGAUGAUGUUGGCUGGAGCCUUGGGUGUUGGGUUGGUGCAACUGUGGGUGGAGGAGCCUUUGUUGUUGAGACAGAAGUUGUUCUUUGAUUACGCUGAUGUGAACCCUAAGGCUGUGUUCAUGUUUGGUGGGGUUGAUGGGGGCAUUAUCAAGAAGAGGCAAAUGGGUAUCCCAAUUGGGCAUACUUUUCAUGUUAAUCUGCAGCUUUUGAUGCCUGAUUCUGAUUACAACCGGCAAGUUGGGAUGUUUCAGUUGGCAGCAGAAAUUUUAUCAAGCAAUGGAAAUGUGGUAUCAAAGUCUAGCAAGCCAUGUAUGUUACAAUUUAGAAGCCUUCCGAUUCGGUUGCUACAAACAUGUUUGAUGAGCAUACCCCUUGUGUUGGGAAUCUCUGCAGAAACCCAGAGGAUAUCUGUUGAAAUCUUGAAACACAAAGAAGGUUAUCCAAGAACUAAAGCUAUCAGAGUGACUCUGAUUCCAAGGGCUGGAACAUCAUAUCUCCCACAGUUAUAUGAAGCUGAAGUCAUUGUGAAUUCUAGGCUACCUUGGACAAAGCAACUGGUGCGCAACUGGAAAUGGACAAUUUCUAUUUGGGCAACAAUAUACAUUUACAUUUUUCUUCUCAUAACUCUCAUCUGUUGCUGUAGACCACUUCUCUUCCCAUGGACAGUAAUGAAUUUCAGCGAACAUGACAACAUGGAUGGAAAUUCGAGUGCUACAGAAAUGGUCGAGUCGGAGAAGGAACCAAGGGAUGAAAGAGAAGUUUCAGACUUGAUGAGAAAAUGGCAGCAGAGGAGGAGGAGGAGGAGGACAAUCUUCCUGCAGAAGGAUAUUGCAGAAACAGAAGGCUCAUCAGCAUCAAGCAUGUGCAUUACUAGGGAAGAUACGAGUGUAGUAGUGGAAGAAGACAUCGGAGAGUCGGAGUCUGUGUGUUUAGGUGAUUGAUAUUGUAGUUUCAGUUAUGUACUAUUCAUUAGAACCUCCAGCAAGCUUUGAGCAAUGUCUCAUCAACCUAAUUUUUUCCCUUCUCUCAC